GCGUGGCUGCAGACCCUGAAAACCUCUUGGGUCAGUGCCCGAGGCACCCUCGCCACCUUGGGCGCUGCGCGGCGUCCUUGCUUGGGUGCGGGACCUGAGACUUGUCCCUCCUAUCUUGGGCUCGCUUGGGGCGGGAUGCCCGAGGGCCCCGAGCUGCACUUGGCCAGCCGCUUCGUGAACCUGGCCUGCCGCGGGCUGGUGUUCUGCGGGGCGGUAGAGAAGUCCCCGGUCAGCCGCAACCCCGAGGUACCCUUCGAGAGCAGCGCCUACUGCAUCUCGGCCACAGCCCGGGGUAAGGAGCUGCGCCUGACGCUGAGCCCCCUGCCCGGGGCCCAGCCCGCUCGAGAGCCGCUGGCCCUGGUCUUCCGCUUCGGAAUGACCGGCUCCUUCCAGCUGGCGCCGGCGGAGGCGCUGCCACCCCACGCCCACCUGCGCUUCUACACAGCCUCCCAUGCCCCACGUCUGGCCCUGUGCUUCGUGGACAUCCGCCGCUUUGGACGCUGGGACCUGGGGGGCGAGUGGCAGCCAGACCGCGGACCAUGUGUCCUGCUGGAGUAUGAACAGUUCAGGGAGAAUGUGCUCCGAAACCUGGCAGAUAAGGCCUUCAACCGGCCCAUCUGUGAGGCCCUCCUAGACCAGCGGUUCUUCAAUGGCAUUGGCAACUAUUUGCGAGCAGAGAUUCUGUUCCGGCUGAGGAUCCCGCCCUUUGAGAAGGCACGCACAGUUUUGGAGGACCUGCUGCAUCACCGGCUGAGCCCGGAGCUCACUCUGAGCCAGAAGAUCAGGGCCAAGCUGCAGAACCCAGACCUGUUGGAACUUUGCCACUUGGUACCCAAGGAAGUGGUCCAAUUGGGAGGCAAAGGCUAUGGGCCAGAUCAUGGGGAGGAAGACUUCGCUGCCUUCCGAGCCUGGCUGCAGUGCUACAGUGUGCCGGGGAUGAGCUCCUUGCGGGACCGGAGUGGCCGCACCAUCUGGUUUCAGGGGGAUCCUGGACCCCUGGCCCCAAAAGGGGGCAAAUCCAGAAAAAAGAAAUCCCAGGAAACCCACCCAGGACCCCUGGAAGAAAUGGAGCACCCUCCACCUCUGAUCAAGGGCCCUUCUAAGACACCAGGGGCUGAGCAAGACCUUCCUGAGGUGACUACAGCCUGGCAGCCUGAGGGUCCAGGCCUCCAACUUGACCCAGGAGCUCCCACAGUCCGUGAGAAAGGGAGGAGGCGGCGGCGGCAGGCCACCACAGACCGCCGCAGACCCCAAAAGAGGAAGGUUGACACCCCAUCUGAGGAGCCUGGGGACACCAUAGUCUCUUAGCUGGUGUCCUUGCUUGCACUCACUCUUUCGGGUGCCCUGCUGGGAACCUGGGCCUGUCUGAGUUCCUACAAGCAACAUGGAAGGGCUGCAUGGUUGCAGCCUGUGGCUGUUCUCUGCUCAACUGUCGAGUUUUUAAUUGUAUCCCACAUAUUCCACAUUUUUAAAGACUACAUGAAAAAUGCAGUAUUUUUAAAUGAAUGAAUAAAUCGGAACUUUCUGG